ACAAUGAAUGACUGGGCCCCCAUAGCAAAGGAGUAUGACCCCCUCAAAGCCGGGAGCAUUGAUGGCACAGAUGAAGAGCCCCACGACCGUGCCAUAUGGAGGGCUAUGUUGGCACGCUACGUACCCAACAAGGGAGUUACAGGAGAUCCUCACCUCACCCUGUUCGUAGCAAGGCUCAAUCUUCAGACAACAGAAGAGAAGUUAAAGGAGGUCUUUUCCCGGUAUGGAGACAUCAGAAAGAUCCGUCUGGUUCGAGACUUGGUCACAGGAUUUUCCAAGGGUUACGCGUUUAUUGAGUACAAAGAGGAGCGUGCUCUCUUGAAGGCCCACAGAGAUGCCAACAGGCUGGUUAUUGAUCAACAUGAGAUCUUUGUAGACUUUGAACUGGAAAGAACUCUCAAAGGAUGGAUUCCUCGGAGGCUUGGGGGUGGUUUUGGAGGCAAAAAAGAAUCCGGGCAGCUACGGUUUGGAGGACGGGACAGACCUUUCCGAAAGCCCAUCAAUUUGCCAAACAUGAAAAAUGAUUUCUAUGGAGAAGGAUCAGCAGAGAAAAGAAACUGGUCUCGUGAAGGAACAAGGGACUGGAGAACAAGGGACCGAGACCAUGAAAGGAGCAGAGACAAGCGAUGGCCAGAAAGGGAGCGGUCGUGGGCUUGGGGUGAAAGUGAGAGAGAGAGGGACUCCAAAGAGGAGAGGAGCAGAGGGAGGGAGAGGAAGGACAGAGACAGGAAGGACAGGGAUAGAGACCGGAGCAGGGAAAGAGAUACCAAGAAACAAAGAGACGAUGAUAAGCAUCGAUAGGUGACAGUGCCUUGUCGUUGGGGUGUGGUGUCUACUCUUACAUCCACAACGUUUCAGUUGCGGAUGUUGCCUUCAGCUUGGGGCUGUGAGCAGCAUUCCCUGAACAAGGAGCUGUGCUGUUACUGUCUUGUGCCUGUGACUCUCACCUGCUGGAAGCUCUCUGUAGUUCAGUUGCUGACACAGUUAAGAUAACAUGUUGAAUUGUCCUUCAGAGAAAAUAAACUUUUUGUA